AUGGCGUCCCCAGGUUACAGAGGGGUGUAUACCUCCCUCUACGCUUCACUGAGCCCUCAAGCCAUCCAGGAUAUCGAACAAGUUAUCUGGUGUAGGCUGGUGGGUCAGUUUGACGUAGGCCGCAAGAUUCUAUUAAAUGAACUCGACGCCUUUUCCGCCAGCCCCGUGGUCAUCAUAGAGCACGGAGACCUGGAGAUCGAGGCCGGGAGAUGGGGAGAAGCUUACCGCGUCCUUGACGCUGGACUGAAGACACUGGAAAAGCUCGAACAACAGUCUGAAACUGCGGCACGUCGACUGAUAGCAUUAACACGGGCCAUGGUCGGGAUUCGACAUCGUGGCGAUGCCGAGUCUGCUAUCAUAGAGAUCGAGAGGACAAUGCAAUGGCUUGGGGACGUGCCUGUUGCGGCGUAUUCCGAUAUUCAGGCCAGCUGUGUUCGCCGAUACGUCAUCCUUUACCUCUUCGCGAAGCUCAGUGCCAAGUACGAGAACGCAGAAGCCGAGCACAUCCCACUGUACAAUGCUCAAAAUCAAGAGUCCCAACAAAGCACGCCUUGGGCUGGUCUGAGACAGCUUCAACAGUCAUUAUGCGAUCGAGGAAUGUUCAACGAGGCCAACGCCUUGUUUCGCCAGACGCUCAACCGCACACCACUUGAAAACCGCGAGAUAGUCGUCGAGGAGUUUCUCGCGUCCAUUGGAAACAUGCCCGCUACGACCCUGAAGAGAUACUUCGAAGCAGUCGUACGCCUACAGUGGGCAGGCACUUACUUCCUUCUACAGAAGCGAGACCGCGCGAUAGAAGAGAUGGAAAAGUCGGCGGCAGCCUUCAAUGCCUUUUGCGACCAAUUUGAGGUGGCGGACAGAGACGCUGCCCCUCACGUCCAUGCCUGGGCGUAUGAAUUGCUGGCUGCCGUACAGGAUCCUACCGAAAGGCUGGACCGCACCGAAGCUCUCGCUGCUGAACUGAAGCGCCUUGGCAGCGGCAAACUUGGCAUGUGCCUUUCCGCUGCCGCUGAUCUUUCUUGGGCUUUCUAUAAUUACACCAAGGACAAGGCGUAUCGCGAGCGCUUCUUCGCAUUCCAGGCCCAGUUGGAAGAGUACGACACAAACGUGUCCGAGGAUCUGUGCGACCUCAUCUUGCAUCGAAACACCCUCAUCUCGGCCACAGUUAGCACCAUGGUCGACCGACAAAAUUCGCUGGAAUGGAUUGAUGGAUUUCUCCAAAAGCACGUAUACUUUACCGCACCCACAGAGCUGGCCUCACUCUACAGAAACAAAGCCUUGGUACUGCAAACUCUGCGUCGGACGGCCGAAGCCAAGAAAGCCGAUGCGGUGGCUGACAGACUCGAUUCUCCCGAACAUGUCCAGGGAAGAAAAUGGAUGCACCUCGGUUAUCUUGGGACAGCCGAUCCGGCCAACACUGGUGCUGAUCCUGACAGAGAUGACUUCGAGGAUGAGGAUCUGGAAGGUCCCUUUUUUGCGCCAUGGAUCAAAACACUGGGGGAUCCGAGUAGAACAGCGAAAGUUCUCUGCAGUCUAUUGAGAGACUGGCUCCUUGAAGACAUCACUAGCCAGAGAAUCUCCGAAGAAGAAUGGAAAAUCAUCGCCGGCGAAGCAGAACUGUCAUCGGUAAUCUUUGACACAUCUUCACCUCGCCCAUUACCUGCUCUUGAGCAAAGGUAUGCAAGCCUGUGCAAGUGGCUGGCGAACCCUCCACUUGGUCAACGAAAGAGGCGGCUUCUCGCUCUGAUGGAACUGCGCGAUGCAAGGCAACAGACCUUCGCAAAAGGGCGGUUAUGGGAUCAGCAGAUCGCCGAAUUGACGGAACUUCUCAACCUAUGCGAGACUCUCCCGCGACAAAUCUCCAUCAUCUUCCCUCACAGCCGGGGAUCUUACCUGGGUGCUCUCGCACUUGCUCAAAUGGCGAAGCUUGAAAGUCAACUCGACCUUACUACCGCAGCGAGCUUCGAGGUGGUCUUACGAGAGGCAGAGGCUUCGAGCAGUCGCGCCCUGGACGAGUUCAGGAGGACGAACAACCUGGCACAGAUCGCCGUGCAACAGCGCAAUGCAGCACGCAUCUGUCUCUGGCAGAUACUGAAGCUUCACAGGCUUGGGCAAAAAUCGGAACUGACAACGGAGUCGAGACAGGAUGAAGCCAGCCGCUUAAGUGCAAUCAACGAGCUGCGGGAAGUUGGGAUGCAGAGGAUCGAAGAAGCAAACCACAUUUUCACACAGAGCGAGCUGCAUGCGUCACGGAGCGAUGGUCUCGAGGCGGUCAACAAUCGGCACGCUCUGGUCACCUCUAACGCGAGUUUCCAGACCAUCCAGGUGGCAAUAGCUCUGCUUUUGGCCGAGCCGGGUGGCCCUAGCGAAAGAACCAUUACUCAAGUCUGGACCUGGGUGCAGAAGUACAAAGCCCGCUCCCUUGCCCGCACCAUUGGUGCACGCGCUUCAGAUCCGCCGGGGCUUGUGAGCGAGAUCAUGGCUUUUCCUGGAUCUAAAGCCCUUUAUGAAGAGAUGGGCCGGCUUCAAAAUCAGAUCGACAUGGCCGAGCAGCAUGAAAGAUUCGAGCUGCGCCGAAAAAUGGAGCAUCAUCGAGGUCUAAUGAAACGAGACCCGCUGCUGCGUCGGGUGAUCGAUCUUCGUGAAGGCAAUCCUUUUGAUGGAUCUGAGCUUGCGGUGAUCAACAAGGAGACGGGUGAAGAUGUCGUCUUGGUGGACUGGAUGUAUCACUACUCAACGUUUGCUGAUGCACCCGGCCAGUUUCUGCUGUUCACAGCGAGAUGUGGCUCAGCACCGGACAUGGAAUUCCGAACGACCAUGGAUGUCUUGAAGACCAAGGCAGAAGACAUUGCAGCGUGGGAGAGAACCUUCUUGAACCCGGCGGAAUGGAAGGACAUCCCCGAGGAGAAUCUCGCCAGUCUUAAGGCGCGGAUAGACCUGGACCAUCUCCUUGGAGAAUUGGUUGCGCCACUGGCACAGCGCACACGCCCAAAAGACUUUCUGGUUCUCUGUCCAUCAACAGCUCUUCACCGCAUACCGAUCCAUGCACUAUCAAUCAGAGAUAAAGACCCGCGAGAGGCUGACAUGGUCGACGAGAAGACUCUCUCGCAACGGAAUUCUCUGGUGUACAUCCACAGCCACUCGCUGCUGCGAUCUUGCUUCGCUGCUACCCAAUUUGUGCACCAUUUGCCAGUCAAUCGGUCGGCACUGAAGCCUCUCUUUGUCUCUGGUAUCCCAGUAACGGAGUUGCCAGACGCUGGGAAGCCAGAGUCUGGACGCUUUAGUGCUGGGAGGGGUCGCAUUCGAGGGCUGGCAGAACAAUUCAAGACGAAGCCAAUGAUCGACGAUGAUGGCUCCAAAGAGAGUUUGAUGGAAUCCAUCCCACAUUCUCGACUGCUGCAUGUCCAUACGCACUGUCAGUGGAAAUCUUCCGACCCGCUGGACCACCACCUCGAACUCGCCCGCCCGCACGACUUGGUCAAGCCUGGAGAAUCGCCAGUGGAACAGCUUGCUGCUCGGGAGGUGCUUGGCAUCAGGCUCUCGACUGCCACGCAUGUCAACAUGAUUGCCUGCCAGGGAGGGGUGACCGAGGUGAAGCCUGGAGAUGAGGUCAUGGGUCUUGUGCCAGCUUUUCUCCAUUCCGGCGCGAGCUCUACCGUGUCCACGCUCUGGCGCAUCAGUGACGUGCACGGGGCGGAGUUUUCUCGCUCAUUCUUCAACUCCUUCAUCAAACAGCUCAAAGCCAAGCCCUCCGCUAAGGUAGGUGACGACUCUACGACAGGGACAGCAUCGACCUCGUUCGUCAAUAUGGCCAAGGCUAUGCGCCACGCCAUACGGGAGCUCGAUCCGGACAAUCAGCAACCACUUUACAAAUGGGCAGGAUUUGUUCUGCACGGUUUCUGGGAGUUUCCAGUAUCGGAUGAGGACAGAGCGUGGAUUCAAAAGCUGAAAGCAGUCAAAGAGAGAAGAAACAUUUGACGAUAGUCAAAGAGUAAAUCUCAAGGGCAAGGCGUGG